UAGUUAUCAGCCACGGGCCCCGAGUGAGCGAUCCAAUAGAAAGUAGACCAAAUGGAAAGCUUCAACUAACUGUAUAAACCGCGGCAAUUGAUCUCUAGUAAUAUACAGUAGGCCAGGCAUGCUGAAAUCCCACUCUACAUUAUUCCAAGGGAUGGCGAUAAUAUAUAGCCUUAGUCAAGCUGUUCGUCCGCGGUUGUUCCUGUGACCGAGAUAAAUCCACGGAUUCUCGCGAUGCGCGCAUGCUGUAGACCCCCAAGCGACCACGCGAAGAUUAUCAAGGGACUACUCCAUCACUAGCGAUAGCCGAGCCAUGCCCUAAGGCAGUUGACAGCUGACGGCAUCAACUGAGUCGGCCGCCGGUUGUCUUUGGUGAUUAUCUCGAGUUACACCGUCGUGCAGCAAGCCAAUCCAUAGCUGGUCACGGGGUAUGCUCUAGACAAGCAGAAGACAAAUUUGAUGGAGACGAGGAACAUGAUGGUGAUGACUGACGAUGUUGAUGAUUAAGGUGACGACAAAAGGGCUAGAGGCAGCCUGUCCAGCAAGAAGAAGGUCCAUUUUGGUUGAUAUAUAAGGACGACUCCGAAUGCUGCUGCCAGGCAUGCCCUCACUCAGUCGCCGCCAAUCACCAACAUCGUCAUCACCAACAACCACAACAGUCCCAACAUCGCACACGCAGGAAGACAACAGGGACAGUCUGUAUACCCCUUGAUCAGUAUUUAUAUACCCAGGGACCGGGAAUAGAUGGCUCCCGUAGCUGAGGAACUUUUUCGGAGAGUGCCUGAGUUUGGGGAGCCGUCUCUAGGAGUUGCAAUACACUGGGCCGACCCUAAGGAUAUCCUGUCCGUUCUCUUCAUUCUCGGCGGCGAUCUCGUUGAACAUGCGUUUGCUCAGCUUGUUGGGACUCCAGUUCCACCGGUUGCUUUCUCGUUUGGUAGGCCGCGCCAGUUGCCAGCAUAGUUAUCUUGAGAGUAUUGCUUCCUAUAGGUAAUGUCAGUUGUGGCUAACAGAUCUUUGUCAGGAUGCGUUUCAUACGGUUUGAACGCUGUGGUAUCAGCUAUCGGGAAGAACAGGCUCAUGCCCGACACUGAUCAUCCAUGCAAGAUCAUCAACGGCGAGACAGGCACUUCGUUUGACAAUACCAGCUGGGUACUUGGACGUUUACUUCGGGAUCAUGACUACUGGAAACACAAGGACGUCCACGACCAUCUCAAAGAUAAAAUUACUCGAAAAUGGGACCAGAUGAAACUCGACAGCAUAACCACCCAUGGUACCUGUGCCAAUGUGAGACGACCUAAGAAAGCUGGCCUCUGUGUAUCUAUAUACAAGGCCAAGGAGGAAUGCCUGGGUCGACCUAAAAGAGAUAAAUUCGAUUACAGCGGCAUGCUCACCACGCUCCUUCAACUUUUGCUUUCAGCAGUUCCACUCAUAAGAGAAGGUGACUGGUCACCGUUUCUGACAACCUUGAGUGGCUCUUUAUUGUCUAUCAUAUCAGGUUGCCUGCGCCAAUGGCGACGGGAGAAGUGGCCAUGUUGCGCAAACUCAGAGAAAACAGUGGUUUUGACAAAAGGUGCCGGGUGCCAACAUGCUAUUGUCAUCAUAGGAGACGGGCGUGGCUUCGACCUUGAGGAAAUGGCUGUGGGCUCAGAGGAGAGAGAUUUACCUUGUGACAUCUUCACUAGAGUUGCCGUUUUCAUCCUUGCUGUGCUCUGGGUCCUGCUUGUUAUAUUUGCGGCUGGUCUUAAAACCAAUGCUUGGUAUGUUAUCACAGCUGGCGGCAUGGGAACUAUUCAAAAUGCAUACGUCGUUGGAGGAAAACGCACCCCAGAGUCCUUCGGCCUCCCUUUGGAGUUCCUCGACGUUAUAGGCGAAAUUGGCGUUAUGGAUACGUUGCUCGCCGUGGAAGAGAAAUACCCAAACUUGGGUAGCAAUAUGGUAUCUACCUUUUUUCCGGAUGGCCAGAUGACGGAGGAAUACCAUCUGAAAUGGGAGGCCCUUCGAGCGAGAGCUGCUCUGCAAGGAGGAAAACCACGCCGAAGCCAGACCAUCUAAUGUAAACCUUUCAACCUGCAUUUUCCGCAAUGGGAAUAUGAGCAUCAAUUUCAAUUCUUUUCAUCAAUAUUCUAAUGAGGUGCUACAGGGUUUAUCCGGUUUUUCUCUUAUGUUAGCUGUUUAUUUGUUCAAGGGAUCUGUGAAUGGAGCGUAUGCUUAGCGGCAUCACACUGGAGUCUGAAUGUUUACAUCAAUAGAGUUAUGGAUUAGAAUGAGUAACGAGUAACGAACUUUGCAGGACUAGAUACGAAUGAUAACAAUCCUUGGCUGAAAAAAAUAUUACUGGUCCGGUUCUCAAUAUCAAUAUUCCAAGUACAUCCAUUGGCUAAUUAAUCUCAAAAACGCGAGUCAACCAGAAGAAUUAAUUUCAGCUGCAUUGGCUUCAUUUCCUGAGAUUGAGAUAUACUAUCCAUGUGAAGUUACAGUUGGUCAUUCUAGGGCCGGUAGCUAACGUAAACCACGACGGCGGUAUUAGGGCUUACCAGGAACAGUGCGGACUAGCAUAAUGAAGUUCCACAAGAGUUCCAUGACAGUUCCAGAAGAAGGGUGUUUGGGAGGGAGGUAAGGAGAUAUUUCCCGGUUUCAAAAGCUUGAAUGGGAGUGUGUGUAUCUAGAUAUAGGAAAUUGCGAAUAGUUGUUAUCUAAUAAGUAUGGAUAUGGUUUCAUGUACAAGCACUGCAAAGGGCUGAGGAAUGAUGGCAGAUGAUCGACGAGGUUCAGUACGAAGCAGUAAACAUGUAAGACAUCGCUGGUCAAGCUUGAACAGCUGCUCCUCGUAUAUGUAAGUAUAUUUAUUCGUGAGUAGAGAGAAAAAAAAAAUUUAUCCUAUCAUAUUUGCUUUUGGGAGCACAAUGGUGGCCUCCCUCAAAGUAUGGAAGCCGGAUCCCUGUGUCCGACAGUACCCCCGACUGCCUGAAACUGCUCACUCACAUCUGACCCUCUAUGUAUCGAUCAACAUGAGGUGAAGGUGGGGAGAUGCCAUGAACCGCAAGACAUAUUCAUCAUUUCCCUUCCUCCCUCCCCCAUGAUCCCCUUCUCUGUGUUGACCACGAGCCAGGCAUUUUUCACAAUGGUCGUACGGAGUAAUCGGGCCUUUCUUCCUCACAGUCCUCAUGGACAUGCCAGCGCAGUGACGUCUCUAAUUAUGGCUGAAAUGAUAAGCUACAAGUCCACGCCUCAGCCGCAGCCAAUUCCUCAUCAAUUUCCAGGCUUAGAUGCCUGCUCCUGGUCCUGAUAACGAUCUUCUUCCCCGCUGUCGAGGGCGAGGGGUUUUGAGAAUUGACCCCUGGGUAUAUCAUGUUUUUUUGAGCUUUUCUAGUGAAAGAGGGACACGGCAAUGCAUCAGUCUUGGUGUGGCAGUUGUAUACGUCAAACAGCCUGCCUUUUCAGCGAGGUCACUGGCGGAACGAGCAUCAGAACCAAGGCUGUUUUAAUGCUUGUCGGUUCCAUGCUAGGACCUUCAACUCGAAUGAUGAUGCACGGAACCCAUCAUUCUUCUUCCUAAUGGCAACAUCAUCUUUCGCCCUCAUAACGUUUUAUGAAGAACCGAUAAGCUUGUCGUCAUAUCCAUGGUAACCUAGUAUGUACCUUGGGAGUAAGAGAGGCAUUAGGACAUGCAGACUGGCCUUCACAUGCGAAGAGCCCUGGCUUGCUCUUAACCCCGUUGCACGUUAGUUAUAUCAAAGUAUUUAUUAUCAACUUCCUGCAGGCACGCCUAUUAUUAGCUCGUCGUCCGUUUUCUCGUAGUGUGUGUAUGGAUAUUGGGUAAAAGAUUGGAGUAAACAGCGCUGUGGAUGGUUUAAAAAAGGCCUCCAAACUCUAAAAAUAGAGUUUUCAUGAGAUGAUAUUAUAUAAUAUAAGGUCCGUGCGUGGACAGAUUAGGACUAGCGUGACGCCGGCGUUUCAUGGUGAGGAGCUAAGCCUGUAUAGCCCGGGAAUCGUUAUGCCUCCGGACGCGGAUAAACCUGAUCCGCAGCCAAUCAGAACACCACGAUGAAUUUAGCGCGCUCAAACUCCAACUUCAAAUCAAACGAAACAACAAACCAUCACACUGUUUGGCAUCGCGAUCUUGAUGCAAGUACUAGCAACCUAGCCUGCUGCUACUCGAAAACUAUACAUGGGUAUCCCUUCACACUCAUGGGAUGGAUGACAUGCCGCACACCCCCGACAAGACCCGCAUCCAAGAUGCAGACACAGAAAAACUGGAUAUCAAACGCCCCGAGCGCUUCUCGGCCAGCCUAGAGUUGGUACCCCCAGCGCAACACCCUCACUAUUUCUCUCUGUUUACUCCGUGUCUUGUCUGGUUCAUAUCUCUCCCGUGUAUAUUCAACGAUCUUUUCUUGGCCGACACACUCAGCACUCCGGCUAUCUCAUACGCAACUUACGUUACCUCCGUCCUUCCUAUUCAGACCAUGGCUAUAACAUCAACGUUCCUGAGGAUCCAGAUGGCGUUCGGGGAUGCCGUCCAUGGCCAGGUUCUAGGAUUUGACAUCUUAGUGCCUUUCGUCUUUGGAAAGCCAUUCCUGGUCGGCCCCUCUCUAAUAUAUCAUCCGCCCAUACAACAAUACAUUUCUUUCACCACACGUCAUGGUUACCCCCACUAACCGCGGAAACCCAGAGCAAUAACCCAAAACACACCCUCCUGAGUCAAGUCUGGACUCGAUUAUUACUGGUGUGGUCCUUUUUUUACCACCCUAGGUGACGUUUUCUUACUCUUGAUACCUACCAUACAUAUACACCUGACUGUGGCCUGAUCGGAAGGCUUCAGGGCUCAGCUUCCUCGGAGAUUGUCCUCCCAUUAUGCGCCUCGAGAUUCCAUUCAGAACCAGAACAAGGUUCUAAUCUCUUCAUUCUAAGUCUAGACAGAUUCUUAUGUCUAUAUGUGCUCACUGACUGUAGAUGAUCCUUCCCCUAUAUUGGAUACGUUUUAAUUCCAGUCCGCCCGGAAGUUUUUCUUUGUUAAAAUUAUAUUACCACCCGCCAAGCCGGGUUCAAUUGGCUGGAUUACCUUAUUCCUGAUGCAUGAUUUCGUCUUUCGACCAUUCAGCAUUCAUUCUUUGGGCAACGAGGAAUGGGUGACGCCUUAAAGCGGGACGCCAACCUGCAUGGUAUACCGGGACAUUUUGAUGAUAGCCUCUGCGAGGCCAUCUCCCCCAUCCCAUAUCGACACCGUAACUUUCUUUUCCCAGGAAGUGUAUACGCAUGGAAACCCCAGUUCCUCCCAUUAACUUGAACUGUUAACUUUUCUUUCUUUACGAUAAAUUCCAGCUUUGGUUGAAGAGCUUACGACAUACUUACAUAUGCAGAUCUACCACGUUGACGGAAGGCCCUCCUGACGAUUUCUCCAUUACUUAACGUCUCUCCACUUGCGGGAUUAUCACUUUCAGUCAGGGCCAAGCUCUAUCUAAGCUUCCAUUCUGUUUCUCAAUUCUCCUUUCUUUCUCUCGCUAAAGGGUAGCAUCAAAUUUUAAAACAAAUACGGGCAGCACCAAGCAUGUCCAAAUAGGGUCAAUUUUGAUUUUCCCGGGAUCUCCAGCAUCCUGGCUCAGAUCGCCGAAAGGGCAGAACGUGAUGAAUCAACUAAGUUCUUCCCUUCAAUCUAAAAAAGGAGCUUAUUUCGGAACAGCUCAGUUUCGUGCUUCAAUCAUAUACUUGUUCACAUAUAUACCCUUCGUUUUAUUGUAUGUUUCAAGCGAUGGUAUAUUAGGCGCUUCAACUCUUCCAUCAUUACUGUCGCCCUGAUCCUCUCACAUUUCCACUCUUUUUAUCUAGGUUCUUCACUGUCCCUUUUUCUCGUUUUUUUAUAUUAUUGACAACCCUCGUUACCCGUCUAUCUAUAUACCAUACCUCUUCCCCUGGUGGCCCAGUGAACUUUGAAAGUUAAACCACACAUCCAACCAAAAUACCCGCUGUUUUUGCCGGACGUUCCAUGACGCGCACUGGUUCAUUCUCAUCCGAUUAAGCUAUAAUAUCAGGUCCUUUCCUCUCUAUCUCGACAAGUCCCAUUCGCCACCUUCCUUCCGGUCAACUACUGAGCAGUUACAGCUAUCAUUCACUUUAUCAACAACCCUUGAUUCAAAGAGAUCCUGUUUCCUCUAAUAUCUAAACCAACGCAUCAACCCGUUCCACUGGUGGUUGGUCUCUUCAGCAUGUGCAACUUUUUCAAGAACUUCUACGUUUACAGCUCGUGCCGGGACCCAGGGAACC